AUGGCCCAGGUGCAGUACGACUGUUCCAGGGGGAAUCAUCAGAACAUCACCAAUUCAACAGCCUCCCCCGUGGGACAUGAGCAAAUUCAACUCCUGUUGCACGUCUGCAAGGAAGCUAAGAAAUCUGCUUACUGUCCGUAUAGUCACUUCCCAGUGGGAGCAGCACUACUGACUUGUGAUGGGAAGAUCUUCUCUGGCUGCAAUGUAGAAAAUGCCUGCUACCCCCUGGGGGUAUGUGCUGAACGCACUGCCAUUCAAAAAGCCGUAUCAGAAGGGUACGUGAAUUUCAGAGCCAUGGCCAUUGCUAGCAACACUGAAGAGGACUUCAUCGUGCCCUGUGGGGCCUGCAGACAAGUAAUGAGAGAGUUCAGUAGAGACUGGGACAUUUACAUGACGAAACCAGAUGGGACCUAUAUAGUCAAGACUCUUCAAGAGCUCCUGCCCCUGUCAUUUGGACCAGAAGAUCUGAAGAAGUUCUGA